UUAAGAAGAACACAGCGAGAAAAACAUAGAUUUUUUUGAUUGAUGCAUUAUCAUUUCCCAUUAUAUGGAGGUAUCUUCUUCAAUUGGAUUUUCAGUAGGAGGUGUUAGAAAAGGAGCUUGGUCUGAAGAAGAAGAUCUUCUUCUUAGGCGGUGUAUCGAAAAGUAUGGCGAAGGAAAAUGGCGUCAAGUUCCUCUCAAAGCAGGGCUGAACCGAUGUCGAAAAAGUUGUAGGUUGAGGUGGUGUAACUAUCUAAAACCAAAUAUUAAAAGAGGAGAAUUUGAAGCAGAUGAACUGGAUCUCAUCAUGCGGAUGCAUAAGCUUCUUGGUAACAGAUGGUCAAUAAUUGCUGGUAGACUUCCAGGAAGAACAGCAAAUGAUAUUAAGAAUUUGUAUAACACUCGUUUGAAGAAAAAGUGUUUCUUGAAAUGCAAUGCUGAGGAAGAACAAGUUGUGAUUAUCAAGAAAUUAGGAGAUCAGACUAAAAAUGACCAUGGCAAUUACAAUCAUCGUCGGCAAGUUCGAAACAGUAGACUACCCCGUCCGAGUACUGCAGCAGAUGAUUGUAAUGAUUAAUCGUACAA